CAGACUAAGCUACUCUAAACCGCUCGGUACAAGAUUUUAAUCCAAAAAGCCGAUUCGCCGAUCUAGAAGACGACGACCACCAACAACUCGAUCGCAUAGGAGCAGCGAACAGUCCUCCUCCUCCUCCCCUCUCACUCUCCGAAGAGUCACCGCCUCGUCGUGACCUUCAAGCUUCUCAGAAAAAUGUCGCAGCUAAUCACCGGCAACAGCAUCCCGCUGAGUGAAGUCUACUGGUCUCUCGUCAACAAAGCCGACAAAAAAUUCUCCAAGAUCAGAGACUUGCCUUUCUACGAACGCAGCAGGUACGAAAACUAUUUCUUCAAGGUGUUCAAAGUCUACACUCAGCUCUGGAAGUUUCAGCAAGAGAAUCGCCAGAAGCUCGUGGAGGCUGGGCUCAAGAGGUGGGAGAUCGGAGAGAUCGCGUCUCGAAUUGCGCAGCUUUACUAUGGACAUUACAUGCGCACGAGCGAUGCUGGCUACUUGGCCGAGUCCUAUGUCUUCUAUGAAGCGAUUUUGACUAGGGAGUAUUUCAAAGAUGGGUUGUUUCAGGAUCUGAAUAUCGCGAACAAGCAGCUGAGGUUUCUUGCGAGGUUUCUUAUGGUGUGUUUGGUGUUAGGCCGUAGGGAGAUGGUGCAUCAGCUCGUUGAGCAGUUUAGACGGUUGAUUGAUGAAUGCAAGAGGACGUUCCAGGAAAAUGAUUUUAAAGAAUGGAAGGUGGUGGCGCAGGAGAUAGUUAGGUUUCUGAAAUCUGACACUGCUUUCAUGAACAUCAGGCCUCUAAGAUACAGCCUUGUGCUGGAUCCUAAUCUGGAUGCUAGUACACCUCGUGCAAGUAGGUCUUUAAGGCUGACAGAUGCAAUCUUGAGCAGUUAUCACUACAAUGAGGUCAAGUAUUCAGAGCUCACGCUUGAUUCGUUCAGGAUGCUUCAGUGCUUAGAGUGGGAACCGAGCGGUUCCUUAUAUCAAUCAGCUGGUCCUAAAAUGGGUCCGAAUGCUCCCACCGGAGCUUCUCGUGUAAACUCUCAGAACGUGACUGAUCCUACUUUGCCGCCUAACCCUCGCAAAGCUGUCCUUUAUCGUCCAUCCAUAACAAAUUUCUUGGCUCUUUUGGCAACCAUUUGCGAGGAGCUUCCUUCUAAUGGCGUAGUUCUAAUAUAUCUCUCUGCUUCUGGAAAGAUUGGACAGACUUCAUUAUCUCCUUUGGGUGGUAGAAGUGUAACUAGCGUUGAGGAGAAUAUUUUGAGAGACUUCGAGUCUCAUACAAUCAAACAAGACGGAGACCCAUCAGUUCAAACAAAGCCAUCUGGUGAAAGACCGGGUCAGUCUUUGAGGCAAAUCAGUGAAGACGCAGUGGAGCAUGGUUUGUCUUUUGGUAGUCACGGACUCACAGGACCAAGCUGCAUCUAUCCUUCUGAUUUAGUUCCAUUCACAAGGAAACCUCUUUUCAUAAUUAUUGACAGUGAUAACAGCACAGCUUUUAAGAAUAUUUGUGGAGCAGAGAAAGGAGAACCAGCCGCAUUGCUUCUAUCUCCAUCACAUACUCCCCCACUUAUAUCUGCUGAUUUCUCUCGUCAACCUAGUGGUAGCCUCUUCACCAUUUUUCUCACCGCACCAGUCCAAGCAUUUUGCUUGCUAAUCGGGAUUUCAGGCUCUGAUAUCGAAACGGAUGUUUUUACCAAGGCUGAGAGGGUUCUUUCCUCGUCUAUGAAUGAAUGGGCUUCGACUUUGGCAGCAUCAGAUACCCUUCACCCCGUUUGGUCGCAGAUACUAAAAGAUCCCUUCUUGAGACGACUUCUCCUAAGAUUCAUAUUCUGCCGAGCUGUCUUGGCACUGUACACUCCAGUCUUCAAUAACAAACAGAAUCAACCAGAGUGCUUUCCGUCUCUCCCGGAAUUCUUAUUACCAGCCGCUCCUGCCAUUCAAGCCGCUGUGCUUCAGAUGGCCAAUGUAUUUGGUGGAGCAAGCAAGUUUACUUUACCUCAAGAUAUCACAAUGCUCUAAAGCUUCCUCUGCGAAGAGUAGAAAAAUUCUUGUGCAAAUCGGUAAUCUCGGUUUGGUUUCCCUUUCAGGGGUUAACUAUUAUUCAUGAUUUGAACUGGUUGUGGAGCCCAAGGACUGAACCUCUUUUCAGAUUUAUGGCUCAAGUACACGUUUGCCGUGUGAAACUAACAGUGAUUGAUACAAAACAUAUGAUUGAUUGGCUCUGAUCU